GAUGCCGACUGCAGUGUGUAUAAUAACAGCGAGGGAAGCUCUGGGAGUCUAGGAGGAGCUGCGGCAAGGUCGAUAACAGCAUCCUGCUCUGAACUACGGAAAGACCAGAGGCGGACGGGAUCUAGUCUAGUGGUUCCGAGAGAACGAAAUUGACCGGAGAUUUUUGGAUUUACUACGACGGACGAAGAAAGCGGAAAGUGGCUGAAAGUUUCCAGCCUGUAGCCUCAUGUUUCAAGACAGCUAGCGAGGUAUCAUCUACUACUACCGCUCUCCACACGGCUGCCUGGCGCCUCUUCUCACCGGGCAGAGCAGCGUGUUCUUCCCUGUAAAUAGGACGUCAGCUCUGCGUUUGUCACAGAGAAACUCCCGGGCUCUACACUUCCUCCACUUAGUUUUGCGGGCCCUUAACGUGGCUUUCCCCACUCGGUUUCCACGUUCAUUUGUGUUUUUGUGCCAUGUCAGCGCCAUCCUCCGCGCCUUCCGCCGCGGCGGAAAAUGAUUUUCUAGCCCCUGAUGCUGGGCAGAGGCCGCCGGGUCCGACGCCCAGCCAGAGCCGGUUCCAGGUGGACAUUGUGGCUGAAGCAGCGGGCGCCACCGAAGAUAAGUCCCCGAGUUCCGACGCCUCCACCACCGUCCCAUCCAGCGAUAAGGCCACUCCCGGCGCUCCUACAGAGAGUGCUGAUCCAGGAGCCGGGGGAGAAGAAGCCAAAGGCCGGUUUCGUGUGGUGAACUUUGCGGAUCCAUCAGGAGCGGGGAGCGCGGCCUCCCCGGAGGCAGCGCCGGCUGAGGGGCUGCAGAACGGGGACACGGUGAUGAGCGAGACCAGCUUACAUUCAUCCACUGGGGGCCAGCAUCACUAUCACUAUGACACCCACACCAACACCUAUUACCUGAGGACUUUUGGCCAUAAUACCAUCGAUGCCGUGCCCAACAUCGACUUCUACCGGCAGACAGCAGCGCCGCUGGGGGAGAAACUGAUCAGACCCACCCUGUCGGAGCUGCACGACGAACUGGACAAGGAGCCAUUCGAGGAUGGGUUCGCCAACGGAGAUGAGCUGACCCCGGCUGAAGAGGCUGCUGCGAAGGAAGCAGCUGAGUCCAAAGGAGUGGUGAAGUUUGGCUGGAUUAAAGGAGUCCUGGUCCGCUGCAUGUUGAACAUUUGGGGUGUGAUGCUCUUCAUCCGCAUGUCAUGGAUCGUGGGUCAGGCUGGAAUCGCUCUGUCCUGUUUGAUUGUUCUCAUGGCCACCGUAGUGACGACCAUCACCGGCCUCUCCACUUCCGCCAUCGCCACCAACGGAUUCGUACGAGGAGGUGGAGCGUAUUACUUGAUUUCGAGAAGUCUCGGCCCAGAGUUUGGAGGCUCUAUUGGUCUGAUCUUUGCCUUCGCCAAUGCAGUGGCUGUAGCCAUGUAUGUGGUGGGCUUUGCUGAAACUGUUGUGGAACUUCUUAAUGGUGUCGAUGCCAUCAUGACGGAUGAAAUCAACGAUAUCCGAAUCAUCGGCACCAUCACAGUAAUCCUCCUCCUGGGCAUCUCUGUGGCAGGAAUGGAAUGGGAGGCCAAGGCCCAGAUCUUCUUACUUAUUGUACUCAUCACAGCCAUCAUUAACUACUUCAUCGGAACCUUCAUUCCUGUCAAGUCGAAGGAAUCUGUGGGCUUCUUUGGCUAUGACGGUUCUAUCAUGUGGGAGAACAUGGGUCCGGACUUCAGAGGGGAAACCUUCUUCUCUGUCUUUGCCAUCUUUUUCCCUGCAGCCACUGGUAUUCUGGCAGGAGCCAACAUUUCAGGAGACCUCGCUGACCCACAGCUGGCUAUUCCCAGAGGAACACUUCUGGCCAUAUUGAUCACAGGAAUAGUCUACCUGGGAGUUGCUGUCUCUACAGGCUCCUGCAUCGUAAGAGACGCCAGUGGAAAUGUGAACGACACAGUCAGUUCUCAGUUCAUGACGAACUGCACUGAUGCUGCCUGCAAAUUUGGCUAUGACUUCUCUUACUGCAAGAAUGAAAAAGAUGCCUGCCGCUACGGACUCCAAAAUGACUUCCAAGUCAUGAGUGUGGUUUCUGGUUUUGGACCCAUCAUCACUGCUGGAAUCUUCUCUGCCACUCUGUCCUCAGCUCUGGCCUCUUUGGUCAGUGCACCCAAAGUGUUCCAGGCUUUAUGUAAGGACAACAUCUACCCUGGCCUGGGCAUGUUCGCCAAAGGCUACGGCAAGAACAACGAGCCCCUCCGAGGAUACAUCCUGACCUUUGUUAUCGCUCUGGCCUUCAUCCUCAUCGCUGAGCUGAACAUAAUUGCCCCCAUCAUCUCCAACUUUUUCUUGGCAUCCUAUGCCUUGAUCAACUUCUCUGUGUUCCAUGCCUCACUGGCUAACUCACCAGGGUGGCGUCCCAGCUUCAAAUACUACAACAUGUGGGUUUCUCUUGCUGGAGCUGUGUUGUGCUGUGUGGUGAUGUUCGUCAUCAACUGGUGGGCUGCUCUCUUCACUAACGUCAUUGUCCUGGGUCUCUAUAUCUAUGUCAGCUACAAGAAGCCAGAUGUGAACUGGGGCUCAUCAACCCAGGCUCUGACCUACCACCAGGCUCUGACCCACACUCUCCACCUUAGCGGAGUGGAAGACCAUAUCAAGAACUUCAGACCUCAGUGUAUGGUGAUGACUGGUUACCCCAACUCUCGUCCCGCUCUACUGGACCUGGUCUCCAGCUUCACUAAGAACGUAGGCCUGAUGAUCUGUGGUCAUGUUCGCACGGGCUACAGAAGGCCAAACUUCAAAGAUCUGGCAACAGACCAGGCCCGAUACCAGCGCUGGCUGCUGAAGAAUGAGACCAAAGCCUUCUACACGCCGGUGUUUGCCGAGGACAUGAGGCAGGGCUCCCAGUACCUGCUCCAGGCUGCAGGUCUGGGUCGCCUCAAGCCCAACACCCUGGUGCUGGGCUUCAAGAACGACUGGAGGGACGGCGACAUGAUGAAUGUGGAGACUUACAUCAGUAUGAUCCACGAUUCCUUUGACUUCCAGUUUGGGGCUGUUAUUCUGAGACUGCAAGAGGGACUGGAUGUGUCCCAUAUCCAAGGACAAGAUGAGUUGCUGUCUUCCCAGGAGAAAUCUUCAGGGAUGAAAGAUGUGAUCGUGUCCAUAGACACCAGCAAAGACUCUGACGGCGAUUCGUCCAAGCUGUCCUCCAAGGCUACCAGCCUCCAGAACAGUCCAGCUAUACAGAAAGAUGAGGACGAUGAUGGCAAAGCUACAACACAGCCCCUGUUGAAAAAAGACAAAAAGAGCCCGACCGUACCGCUGAACGUAUCCGACCAGAGGCUGCUGGAGGCCAGCCAGCAGUUCCGGAAGAAACAAGGGAAGGGCACAGUGGACGUCUGGUGGCUGUUUGAUGAUGGAGGUCUGACCCUGCUGAUCCCAUACCUGCUGACCAACAAGAAGAGGUGGAAGGACUGCAAGAUCCGCGUCUUUAUCGGAGGCAAGAUCAACAGGAUUGAUCACGACCGCCGAGCGAUGGCCACUCUGCUGAGCAAGUUCAGGAUAGACUUCUCGGACAUCACUGUGCUGGGAGACAUAAACACCAAGCCCAAGAAGGAACACGUGACGGCCUUUGAGGAGAUGAUCGAGCCGUACCGGCUGAAGGAAGACGACAUGGAGCAGGAGGCAGCUGAGAGGCUGAAGAACAGCGAACCCUGGAGGAUCACUGACAAUGAGCUGGAGCUCUACCGCGCCAAGACUAAUCGUCAGAUCCGACUCAACGAGCUGCUGAAGGAGCACUCAAACACAGCCAACCUCAUCGUCAUGAGCCUGCCGUUGGCCAGGAAGGGCGCGGUGUCCAGCGCUCUGUACAUGGCCUGGCUGGAAGUGUUGUCCAAGGACCUGCCGCCCAUCCUCCUGGUGCGCGGCAACCACCAGAGUGUCCUCACCUUCUACUCUUAGACAAGACACACAAGGAGAAGAACAUCCAAGUCUCACAUCCACUUUCUGCCUCUGGGAGCAGACCCACAUAUAUACACACAUCCCAGUUCCAGUCCAAACCUAAAGGUGCACCACAUACACUCCAGAGAUGCUAGAAAACACAGCCAUUGAUGGAAACAGUGCUGGUUAUAUGAAUAAAAGAUGAAGGAAGUGAUAUUGGUUGAGAUGGAAAAGCCCUACAAGAUGAUGGAGAAAUGUCAGGGUUGGGGUGGUUGUAAAGUCGCCCCACUCUGCUCCCUUCUUUCUAUUUAUUCCAAAAUGUCUGGGUUUUUCUCUUGUAGCUCUAGUUUCUUCUAAUUUCCUCAUGAAAAUUUCAUAUUCGUCAAGUUGAUUUACUCUCAGGCUCCAAAAGCAGUCGUGCACAAUGUUCACGUUGUUGUUCUCAUGAUAUGGAAUAUCUUUAUGUCAUAUUUGUUAAGUUAAUUGGACCAGUUGUCGUGUUUGUGAUGCAGCAAUAAUCACCCUGUUGUUUUUCCUUCAAUAUUGGGAGAGAACCAUGCAGAAUGCUUUGCAACACCUUCUAAAGCCUUAUGGAUGUGCCUUCCAGUUGAAUCAGAUGAAAUAAUUAAUCUCUAUCUAGAUUGACAAUAUUAUCUAUUAUAUUGGUGGAUAAUAGUUUUAUUGAGUUUUAAAUGUGAUUCUUUCUUAGUUGGAGCAUUGUAUUUAUGCGAGUGGAUUGCAUGAAUUUAAUGAAGGGUGUCCCCCCCUGAUGGCAUGAAGAAUCUCUGUCAUCUCUCUUUCUCUCUUUUACCCUAAUCAACAUGUGUUUUGGGCCAUAGUGUUUUUAUUUUUAUUCACUUUUGAGUCUUCCUUUUUAAAGCUGUUGUAUAUUUACGAUGGCCCCAGCUACUCAACACAAGACACAAUUUAGCUUUUAGGCACAGUGCCUAAAAAAAAAUGUGUAUAUGGGUCUUAAAAUUAAGAUCUUAUAUGUCAGAAAAGAUGUGAACCUAGUUUUUCAUCAGCCUUGUAAGGUGAAAAGACUAGCUCUCCCAUGUAGCUGCUGAUAGACUAAAGUGUUUCUUUCGAUGACUUUUUGUGUUUCUGUGUCCACAUGUACGGUUCUUCCCCUGAAAAGAAAGUGCGCUACCCAGCGAGCUAGUUAAAACCUUGCCUUAAUGCUAGAACUAACGAUUGUCAUGGGUUCCUUUUCUCUUAUAAGCCAUACUGGCUGGACGGUUUGUGGGUAAAUGCAGAUAGUGAUCCGUGAGUAACAUGUUCGAAGUGUUUUCAGCACAAUUGUCUUCUGUACUGUAUAUGCAUCUUCCACCUGUUGUUAGUCUGUUACAUUGCUUACUGUAGGUCCGCUUGUAGCUGGGGAAGUGGUCAUUUAACGUAUAACCACUUUGCCAGUGUUAGCGCCGCAGUAGACUUGAGUUUUUGCACUCAUGUGCUUGUUUGCCGUCUGGGUAUAUGAUGGACUGCUGGUCUCCCAUUCCCACAAAGCCUAGAUGGGCAGAGAGAGUGAACGCCAUGCGAGUUUCACACUGGAAGACUUGCAGGCAGGAAGAAUGUGACAUUAGAAUGUGUCAAGGCUGAGUGAAGAUAUACCUCUAUGCAUAUGAGCUUGUGUUGCGUGAGUACUUGUAAUAAAAGUCCAUCACUCCUUCAUGUGAAAAGA